ACCGCUGCCAUGGCGAUGUAUGUCGAUCAUCGGACUGCAGCUCCUAGUUCCUGUGGGCCCCCUUCGCAUAUAUCUUGGCAUGACCUGCAUCCAUUUUUGGCUGUCGCAUCUAUCAGUGCGAGCUCUGGGGGCAGCGUGGACAUUUUCCAGGAACAAGGGGAGCACCUGCCCGACGUGCGCACCGAGAGGAAUUUCCGGGCCACAUGUCUCACCUGGCAUCCGUCCAAGCUGAUCCUGGCCAUGGGCUGGGAGCUGGGGGAAGUGGCAGUGUUGAACAAGCAAGACAAGGAGCACCACUCAGUCCCCGCUUACCACCGGGCCGAAAUCACAGUCCUGAGCUGGAGCACCAAUGGCUCCCGCCUCAUUUCUGGGGACAGGCUUGGUGGCCUCGUUUUGUGGAGGAUGGACCAGCGGGGGAGAGUUCAAGGCCCCCCUCUGCUUCAGCACGAGUACGGAAACCAUCUCAGCUGCUGCCUCUUCCGGCUACCUCCUCCUGGCGAGGACCUGGUGCAGCUGGCAAAAGCCGCAGUGAGCGGUGACGAGAAAGCCCUGGACAUGUUUAACUGGAGGAAGGCUGGAGUGGGCCUGCCUCUGAAAAUGGGACUCCAGGAAGGGCUGUCCUUGUUUAUUGGAGUGGCAGAUGGCACUGUGCAUUACGUGAGCGACAGAGGGAAAACGAGCCACAUGCUGACUGCUGAGAGCUCGGUCCAAAAGCUGCUGUUCAUGGAAAAGAAGGAUGUUUUAGUCGUCAUAACGGGUGCUCUCCUCUUAUCCCUUCACAAAAUUUCCCCCGAGGGAGAAGCCGAGGAGCUCAUGAAGGUGAAGCUGACCGGGAAGAUAGGCCACCCUGCGGACAUCAUCUUGAUCGACCGAGGCCUCCUUAUCACAGCCACAGGCGAACCGGUUCUUAGGUUGUGGGACCUGGAGCUUGGCGAGAACUACGUGCUGCCUUUGGACGUGCAGCUCGGGUUUGAAACGGGAGAGUAUAUCGGCUGCGUGUCCUAUUGCCAUGCUAAAGGUCUCCUGUCGGCUGGCACCAACAAAGGGAAAGUAGCGAUGUGGAGGAGAGUGCCGGUCUCUAGCCAAAGUUCGUGGGCGGAAGGCAAGGACAGGUGGAAGCUUCAAGCCCCUACAGAGCUGGAGGGGAACAUCACUCAGAUCAAGUGGGGUUCCAAGAAGAACUUAUUGGCCGUGAACACCACCAGCUGCGUGAUGAUCCUCAGUGAGCAGGCCAUGUCCUCCCACUUCCACCAGCGGGUAGCGGUGGUGCAGGUGUCCCCCAACCUGUUCAACGUCACCUUCUUCGCCAUGGCCACCACCCACAACCUCCGCGUCGACGUGCACGUGAAUGGGGUUUUCGCCACCAAGGAUGCGGUGGCAUUCUGGAACGGGAAGCAGGUUACCAUCUUCGAACUCUCAGGCGCUGCCCUGCGAAAUUCAGGUUCUUUUGCCUGUGACUCCCCUGUGUUGGCCAUGCACGAAGAAAACCUGUACACCGUUGAGCCAAAUCGCGUACAGGUUCGCACCUGGCAGGGCACCGUUAAGCAGCUGCUGGUGUUCUCCGAGUCAGAAGGGAGCCCGUGCCUGCUGGACGUCUGUGGGAACUUCCUGACCGUCGGGACGGAUUUGGCUCACUUUAAGAUUUUUGAUCUUUCUCGCAGAGAAGCAAAGGUGCACUGCAGCAGCAAGACCCUGGCCGAUCUGGUCCCCGGGGCCGGGGGCAUUGCCUCGGUGAAGUGCAACGCCAACGGCAACAAAGUCAGCAUCCUCAUCAGCAAGGCCGAUCAGAGCCAUGAUCCCAGGGUCUGCUUCUAUGACAUUGAAAUGGACACAGUCACCCUCUUUGAUUUCCGCUCCGGCCACCAGAAGGAAACUAAGGAGAUGCUGUAUUCUGCUGGGCAGGAGGAGGCUGACAGCAAAGACGGCACCGAACAUCCUGACCUUUGUGGCCGCAUCCCCGUUGCUCAUUUUUGGGAUCAAAGCGAGCCGAGGCUUUUCGUCUGCGAAACCAUUCUUGACCCGAGCCAGCAGUCAUCGGAUAAGAAGCAGCAGGUUACAGAAAACGUGAUGGGUGUUUUGAUUGUAUCCUUCUUCAGCACCGAGGAGCACGGUCUCUUGGUACAGGAAAGCUUCCCCUUGCCAUCAGCCUACCAGUCUCUUAUGGGCAUGGAGGUGCCGCACUAUUACUUUGCCAAGAAGCCUGAAGCCGAGAAAGAAGUCGAGGGGGAGACAGGAUUGAUGCAGCUCUAUCAGAUGGUCGCCCGGAGGCCGAUGCGGGACUUCGUCGGGCUGGAAGAGUGCGACAAGACAACGCGGGAUGCCAUGCUCAACUUCAGCUUCUAUCUCACUAUCGGGGACAUGGACGAGGCCUUCAAGUCAAUCAAGCUCAUCAAAAGCGAAGCGGUCUGGGAGAACAUGGCCUGCAUGUGCGUGAAGACGCAGAGGCUGGACGUCGCCAGAGUGUGCCUGGGGAACAUGGGCCACGCCCGAGGAGCCAAGGCUCUACGGGAGGCGGAGCGAGAGCCAGAGAAGGAAGCACGAGUGGCCAUGCUGGCGAUCCAGCUGGGCAUGCUGGAAGAAGCCGAGCAGCUGUACAAGCAGUGCAAGCGCUAUGACCUCCUGAACAAGUUCUACCAGGCCUCAGACCAGUGGCAGAAAGCCAUAGAAGUGGCCGAGGCGCACGACCGAGUCCACUUGCGCACCACAUACUACAAUUAUGCAAAGCACUUGGAGGCCACAGGCGAGCACACUGUGGCGCUCAACUACUAUGAGAAGUCAGACACGCACAGGUUCGAGGUCCCUCGGAUGCUUUCGGAAGAUCUCCAGGCCUUGGAGUGUUACGUCAACAAGAUGAAGGAUAAGACUCUGUGGAAGUGGUGGGCCCAGUACCUGGAGAGCCAGGCGGACAUGGAGGCGGCUUUAAAAUACUACGAACUGGCCCAGGAUUACUUUUCCCUGGUCCGGGUUUACUGUUUCCAGGGUAACAUUCAGAAGGCAGCGGAAAUAGCAAAUGAGACGGGCAACUGGGCGGCUUCCUAUCACCUCGCCCGCCAGUACGAGAGCCAGGACGACAUCAAGCAGGCUGUGCACUUCUACACCCGGGCCCAAGCGUUCAACAAUGCCAUCCGCUUGUGCAAGGACAACAACCUGGACGACCAGCUGAUGAACCUGGCCCUUCUCAGCUCGCCCGAGGACAUGAUCGAAGCAGCGUGCUAUUACGAAAAGAACGUGGAACAGAUGGACAGGGCGGUGAUGCUCUACCACAAGGCGGGCCACUUGUCCAAGGCCCUGGAGUUGGCCUUUGCCACCCAGCAGUUUGCCGCCUUGCAGCUCAUCGCCGAGGACCUGGACGAGAAGUCGGACCCCGCCCUGCUGGCUCGUUGCUCCGACUUCUUCAUUGAGCACGCUCAGUACGAGAAGGCCGUCGAGCUGUUGCUCGCUGCCAAAAAGUACCGCGACGCCCUGCAGCUCUGCUUGGCCCAGAACUUGACCAUCACCGAGGAGAUGGCAGAGAAGAUGACCAUCGUGAAGGACGCCAAUGAGUUUCCAGAGGACUCCCGGCGGGAGCUCCUGGAGCAGAUCGCCGACUGCUGCAUGCGGCAGGGUAAUUACCACAUGGCCACCAAGAAGUACACACAGGCAGGAAACAAGCUGAAGGCAAUGAGAGCACUUCUGAAAUCAGGAGACACGGAGAAGAUCGUGUUCUUUGCCGGCGUCUCCAGGCAGAGAGAAAUUUACAUCAUGGCUGCCAACUACCUCCAGUCCCUGGACUGGCGCAAGGACCCAGAGAUUAUGAAGAACAUCAUCAGCUUCUACACCAAAGGAAGGGCUCUAGACCUCUUGGCUGGCUUUUACGAUGCUUGUGCUCAGGUGGAGGUGGACGAGUACCAGAACUACGAGAAGGCGCUGGGGGCCCUGACCGAAGCCUAUAAGUGCUUGUCUAAAGCAAAAACCCGGAGCCCCGUAGAGCAAGAGAACAAACUGACCCUUUUGCAGAGCAAAAUGGCCCUGGUGAAGAGAUUCAUUCAGGCGCGGAGGCUUUACUCCGAAGAUGCCAAGGAGGCCGCCAGGCAGUGCGAGCUGCUCCUGGGUGAGCCGGACCUCGAUGGCGCCGUCCGCUCCGGAGAUGUCCUGGGCUUCCUCGUGGAGCAUCACCUGCAGGUUCAGGAGUUCCAGAUGGCCUACCGCUACCUCGAGGAGAUGCGGAAAAAAAUCCCCUGCGUGAACCUGAACUACUACGUGAGCCAACAGGCCGUCGAGGCGGUUCACCGAGGACUGGGGGUCCCCCUGAGCCGGAACCCUGCUCCGGAGAGGAUUCGGCACAACAGCAUGGAAGACAAGGGAGAGGAAGUAGCCGACGAAGUGGGAUUUUCCUGA